AGACAACCUCGUCGACCACCGGCUUGUCCGCUUGGGCGAACGCCGAGCUAACGUGUAGCAGCGCCUAACAAACACCAAGAAGAUCGGGAUCCGAUCGAGGAACAAUUCGCGGAGGAAAGACGCGUUUCUUCGGAAAAAUCGGAACCAUCGUACGAGGAGUACAAGGAGGAGGAGGAGCCGGAGGAUAAAGCAGCGCGAAGGCAUCGCAGCAAAUCGAUCGACGAACCGCAUCGCGUAUUGUCCUUGGUUGAAAGAUGGCAAGAUUGGCAGGUUAUUUCACCGUUCUCUUCAACGGUCGCACGAUUCGGUUAACGACGCUUGCGAGAUCUUCUAGUCUCGUCGAAUCUGCGGCCGUUUCCCCGACAUGAUCGAGCUUUUCGAAUUCGAAUCUGCUUCGGUGUAGAAAGCGACCCCGGUCGCGGCCAAGAAGCGAGGCAAGAAGAUGAAGAAGAAAAAGGGCGAGAAAGGUUCGCCAAAGGCGAAAGGAAAGUCCGAGAAAACCGAGAGAACUCCGACGGACGUCGAAGAACCUGAAAUCAAGGAUCGGAUGAUAAAGGAUAUGCAAGAGGAGAUACGGUUGGAAGAAUACAACGAGAAAGAGAAACCGCGUUUGGAGACGCAGGAAGCGGCGAUUCGACUGAAGCAGCUGGAACAAACUGCCCGUGUCCUGUCGUCGCACCGCAAGGCGUACGCGGAGUACGAGCGGAUCCUCGAACAGGAGGAACGCUGGGCCCGUUACAUGACUUGCGACGGUCUACCUGAUCCCGGAUCCUUGUCCGAGACCAACGCCUUCGUCUACCUUUGGUCGCUGGAGGAAGAAGAGGCGACCAUGGACACAGUGGAAGAAAGGUGUCGAGUAAUAACCCGCGUAAGUAUAGAUAUAUUUCCUGCAAACAAUACGCGGCGGCGAUCAACGGAAUCGUUUCAGCUGUUGAGUAAGCUGGAGGAGAUCGCUGGGUUUUCCAGCGCGGUUACGGAGAAGUACGAAGCGGAAUACAAAGAGAUCGCGAGCGAACUGCGAAGGAGGCUACAAAGGUGGAUAGACUUCGCUUGCUAUCAUCUGCUCCGUAACAUCGAAGCUAACAUGAUAAGAGAGGGCACGAAGACGACCAAAUACGUCCGCGCGACGAACAACGCGGUGUGCUGUUUCUGGGCACCGAUCGUCUUGCCUGUUGGACUGAAACGGCCCGUCACGGCCAAAGAACAGAAGUCGAUCGAGGUACGGUUCGCGGAGAUGGACGCGACGAUCAAGCUUCCGGUGGACGUCGAUUGCCACCGCAUGGCGAUCAGAGGACUCUGGCUGACUUACGAUCAUUAUUCGAUGGAAACGCGCUCUUAUCGAAUUCCUGAGCUACCUGAUCGCUUGCUGGAGCUAUGGGGUAGUUUCCCUGACCUCGUCGAGUUCGAGAAAAAGGAACUCGAAGAGAAGCUUCGUAUAUGGGAAGAGCAAGCGGAAGGGCGACGCUUGCGCUUGGAGGAGAAACAAGCGAUCCUAGAGCGGAUAGUCAAUCCGCCGCCGGUUGCACCAGUUAAACGGGGCAAUAAACGGGGACGAAAGAAAACGCCUCGAUCCCCUGGCAAGGAUCAGCCGUUGUCACCGGCCUCGUUGUUGCCUUCGAAAACGGAACUGUUACCUUACUUGCCCACUGCGAACGAAAUCAUUCGCGAGAGGGAAGACGACGCCAGAUUGGAAGUUAGAAAAUUAUUGUUCACUCGGUGCGAGACGACCGAAGUGAAUUUGCGAAAAUACAGAAUUCUCGGCGGAGUGUUUCGCGUGGAUCUUCUUUAUCAACCGCCGCAACCGAAGGACCUCGGGAAAGAAACUUAUCUAACGUCUCUCGAGUUGCCGAAGGAGCCCAAGUUCGUCGCGUUCUCCAGACGAUACGAGACCCCGCAGCCGGCCCCUGACUCUGAGAGGACACCGGAAGUAAUCGAGGCAGAAAUGAAAGCGCUGGAAGCAGCGAUGGAGGCGCUGGUUUUGAUCACUCUUAGAUUACCCAGUUCGAUUCUCUGGUUCGAACCACCGUUGAUCGCCCAGUGGAUACCGGAAAAGGAAAUCUGGUCGACGAAGCACGUUCACGACGUGAAAUUCAACGAGGAGCAACAGACUAUCGCGUUUAGGAGCGGAAGGUUGGGCGUCCACGGGCUGGCCGCCUAUAAAUUUUCUAAUCUUCCCUUUCAGAGCUGGGAAAUGAAACCGGAAUCAGGAAAGAGCGGCCGCGAUUACGGCGGGGUGGUGCUUGGAAUAACCGCGGCCACUGUUCAGGCCGAAUUCGUGAUCAGGGAAGAUCGGGUCUGUUUAAACUCGCUGACCGGCCACGCGAAUAAUCCUCUGAAAGGAAUCCUCGGUGAAUACGACGAGUUAGAACGGCUGAUCGAGCGACUGCAACAACUCGGAUGCGAUCUUUUCCCGGAUCGAGACGCGGUUGCUUAUCUAACGGGAAUCAAUACGAAACAUCCGGUCGCGGAGAACCAUCUGCGGCAAUGUAUGGCGAUGCUUUCCACCACGUAUACCUUCGCCUGGUCACGAUGGAACGCGACUCGUGAUUUUCGACAGAUAGUUUUGCAGUACAAGGAGAUGCACGGUUGCGUGGCUAAAGAGCUUACCAAUCAGACGCUUUUGGUAACGCCAUCGCGAACGAUGCGCGUCCGUUGCACCGAGGUCAGUCCCGAGUUUUCCGACUUACCGUACGACGACCAAAGCACCGGCGAGUAUUACGCCGACCUGUAUCAGCUGGCAUUGAACACGGCGGGUAUCAAGACCCGGCUUUCGAUGAAAAGGAUCUCUUAUAAAUUGGUAUCGACCGUCGUUCGGCUCCUCGAACGUACCAACGUUAUAGGCAUGUCCUCAUGAUUCGUUAGCUCUGCUUCUU